ACAAAAGCUUCCUCUCCCUAUAUGUAUAUACAAAAGCUUCCUCUCCCUAUAUGUAUAUACAAAAGCUUCCUCUCCCUAAGGAAACGAAUUAAAUCAUUAGUAGUAGUAUUUAAAAUUUGGCGGGUGUGAGAGAGCCGCCAUCUUUGUAAACAAUAUGGGAGGGAUCGUGUGAGGUUUUGCCUUGAGCGCUGUUAUCCUAACCGCUCUGCCUGUGUCUUGUUUAGGUGUUACAGUUGGUGUAUUGUAUGGAGAUGUUUUCAAUACAGCAGAUGGCAGAGAAGUGGGAUGAUAGUGCGAAUGAUUCGCCAGAAGUUGUGUACGAAGGUUUCUCACCGCCACCCACUCACCCCCAGGGGAUGAUCAAUACAGCAGGCAGUUCCUUUGUUACAACAGAUGGCAAUGAAGAUGGCCCACUUGGGGCUUCAGCAGCUUCCUUCAUGCAGACUGGAAGCAUUAUUGAAAAUCAGGGCGAAGGUUCACAUCAUGAAGAAAUUGAAAGAAACCGGCUGUGUUUUGUAUGCUGUAACCCUGUGUCUGACAAAAAUUUUGAGUCGAUCAAAGCCUCCAUGAAUCAUUCGCAUGCUCCACUCCUGGUGCUACUUACUGAUGUCCUCGGAUAUAAACUAGAGGACGGCAGACUCCACUCGCAGGUUGUGUGCAAGGCAUGUUAUCAUUUGCUUGAUAUCAUAGAUGAGCUGCAGCAGACACUAACAGAGUCCAAGACUGAUGUCCGCACUAAAUUUUUGGAAACCAUUCAGAGACUUAAGCUAAAAUAUCCUAGAACAGACAAGAUGCUGAAGCCACGAUGCCUUCGCUGUAUUCAAAUGUCACAAACAACUGCCCGAAAACGAGGAAGAGGAAGAGGAUGGAAAGGACGAUCAGAUGACAUUGGUCGAGGUAGGGGGCGUGGUCGUGGGAGGGGAAGAGCAACACCACAACCUGCAGAUGGACAUGAUAUCUGUAGUGAUAAUGAUGCCGAGGGCCAGGGAGUUUCUGGACAAGAUGUAAUCAAAGAUGUACUGCCAUCAAAGUCACACCAGCCUUGUUCAUACCAGGAUGAUAUUGAAAUCAAUAAUAUUUCGCAAAUGAAAGUAACAAGUGGAAGCCCUCAGCCUGUCACGAAGAGUGAUAUAAUCAGUGAUUCUUAUGUAAACUUUUUGAAAACUCAAAGAUUUAACAGUAAUGACAAAGAGGAGCAAAUGAAAUAUGAUCCGGUUGAUGUAACAGACAGCUUUGAUUCUAUGUUCAGUCGAAUGUCACCACAUUGGGUGAAGACAGUUCCCCGGAGUACUACUAGCACACUUGUCACUGACAAACGUGAGGACCACAUUGACACAGGCUGUGCUGAUUGUUCUCACUGCGAGUUCUAUGAAUGCUGUCUUUGUAAUGAAAAAAAUGCUGAAGUUCUUUAUCAGUAUUGUGAGACUUGUUUGGUUUGUUAUGGUACAUUUAUACCAUGGGGCUAUAAUAUUAACUUAGAAUUCAUUGGUGAUAAAUGUUGUAUAUGGGAUUUGAAAGUGCAGAAUCACCUGAAUCAGGGUAAUAUGCAUGUUGUUAGUCAAGGCUCGAGAUAUGCCAAAUUUACUAUUAAAAGCGGUGUGACCAGUGACAAAUGUGAGGUUCAGUAUGGAAAUGAAAAUGACCUAAAAAAGAAUGAACCACUCUCUGUAGUAUUGGGUACUUUGGAAAACCAGAAUUUUGAUAAAGAUACUGGUAUAACCCGCAAUUUACCAAGUUUUCAAAGUAUAUCAACAGAUGAGAUUGGACUUGUUCCUGUUAAAGAGGAAACGUACAUUGAAAAUGGUUAUAAAAAUACUUGCACAAGAAAUAUACUUAAUGGAAUUGUAGGUGUUGAGGGCCUUGAAUACGAGCAAAAUAAAAAGGAAGGAACUUGUGUUCAAAGAAACCUUUUAGGGAAAACAGAUAGUGAAGCUGUAAAUAUUGGCAAUUCUCUAUUCAAACCUUCCUUUAUCUCUGAUAUGGCAGAGAGCAAGGAAACAUUAUGUUCAGAUUUUACAGUAAAUAUUAAUACUUCUAUCACAAACAAUGAGUUUCUUCACUUUCCUUCAGCUUCUAGUACAAUGUCAGGACUGGCAGAUGUAGAUAACACAUUUUCAGGUACAGAGAGUAUUGCAUGCUCAACAGAUAAAGAUGAUGUACAAACAGACUUAGAGGAUUCGUAUAUAGUUGUUAGUGAAUCGCUUCUCUUAGGUCAAAAUUCAGGUGGCUCCAUGCCUAAAAAUUCUGUGUCCGAUUGUAUAUAUUAUAGGGAGACUGAAGGCUUAAAGCACGUAGAUACAGAUGUAAAAAUGGCCGAAGCCCACAAUAGUACCGAGAUAUUUUCAAAGCCACCGAAACUCGACAGCAAGUAUCAAAAUGUGCAAGACAUCUCUGGAGUAUCGUCUGGCAGACAGGACAGAAAGACUUUGGCUGAUUUAUUUGCAGGGAUUUCUAGUCAACCCUCUUUAGGAAAACGUAAAAGAAAGCUCACAGAAAAGGCAAGAGAAAGUAUUGCAAGUGAUAUAGUUUCUCUUGAUAUCGAUAAAAAAUCAAAAAACGUUUUUAGCAUGGUAAAAAAUGCAAUUUCAGUCAAUUGUAAAGGGAACCCUAAGAACUUUUAUAAGAAUGGUAUUAAUGAUUGCAAAUUUAUAUGUGAAUACUGUGGAAAAAAAUUCAAUUCAUCAGGAGGUUUUCGUUACCAUGUAGAUAGUCAUGAGAUAGACAAAGCAAAAGUGUAUGCUUGUAACUUCUGCAUUUAUAGUACUCGUCGACAAGCAGAUCUUAGAAAACAUAGUGUUAUUCAUACAGGAGAGAAGCAUUAUAAAUGUGAAGUGUGUGGGCAAGAGUUCACUGUCAAUAGUUCAUACAAGAGGCAUCUUAGAAUUCAUAGUGGAGAGAAGCCAUAUAAGUGUUCUACAUGUGGUAAGGACUUCAGAAAUGGUGGUACAUUAAAGCAGCACAUGGUGAAACACACUGGAGCCAAGAAUUUUGUGUGUGAAGUUUGUGGCAACAGUUUUAGUUUACGGCAUCAUUAUACAGCACACCGGAAAUUACACAGUGGUGAAAUGCCAAUUAAGUGUGUGUACUGUGGAAAUGCUUUUCGAAAUCACAGUGCAUUACGACACCAUCGCAAGAAGUCCCAUCCCAAAGAGGAAGCAAAUAGACUGAAGCAGAUCAAAUUGAAAAGAACAAUAGUUAGGGAAGAACUUGGAGUCUAUACCUCUCCUAAAGUUAGUCGUGGUUCUUUAGAUGUUUUGGAGCAGGCUAUGGCUGCAACUGUUGAUCCAGUAAAUUAUGAAUAUGUUGACUCGUAUACUCAAACCUUACCUGACCUUGUUGAUCAGUCUGAGCCAAUUGUCUCUAAAAUCAUUGCAGAGAAACAUUGCAGUAAAGACUCCGUUGUAUUGGCUAUCACUCACCUGGAGGAGGGAGGAAUUUCAAAAGAUGCAGUUAUGUGUAAUGAUAGGUCUUGUAUGGAUAGUGACAUGUCUACAACAGAAUUGCAAGAAACAAAUGGAGAUGUAGUGAAUGUAGGAGAAUGUAAAGAAGAGUCAAAGUUGCAUCAGAGCAUUAAAGUUUUUCCUGGUUCAUUCUGCUCGGAAGAAACUGAUAAUGUUCCACAAGAAUUUAUGGUGUUAAAAAGUGACGAACAAUCAACAGAGUCUGUAAAACCAGAGAGCAUUGAAAUAAUGAACAGUAGUAGAGCUUCACAGAUGUAUAUAAUGUUGUCAGAUGCACAAGCACAAGACUCUCACUUGUACAUUGUAGUGGAGAAUAAUGAUCAGACAGCAAACUAAAAUAUUGACAGAAAGCAUCACCCUUUGGUGUAGUGGCUAAUGCCCUCAUCCUCUCACUUUGCAAGUGAGAGUGAUUUGGGUUUAAACCCAGCACAGGGUAGAACGAUUGCCCCCUUUGUCACUCGACUACUGUAAUUGGAAACUUGAAUGUAAAACUAUUGGUGGAUUAUAUUCUGGGUAUAACAUAGUGCUGAAUAAACUAACCAGGUCCAGUAUGUGUCCCAUGGUUGAAAUUCAAACAUUAAAAUUAAUUAUAUGUAUGGUAGCUGAACUAAAAAUGUUGACAUGGUAAAUCUAGGGCAAAAUAUAUUCAGUGCUUUAACCUAUGAUGAUGUUUUGUGCCAAUUUUGGAAAAUACAGGUUAAAAGCAUUGCCAAAUUUGUUAUGAUAUUCAUAAUUGUUUACCUAUUGUAAACAUUUUCUCUAUAUAAAGCCUAAAAGGGAAGGUUAAUCACUAAAAUAUUUUAAAACAAAAAGUUUUUAAAUUCUUAGUUACUUUGACAUAAGAAAACUAGAAGAACAGAGCCGAUGCUUACAAUUUUAAAAACAGUCUAUCCUUAGAUUUUAUAUUAUAUUAGGUAUCUUCUUUAGGUGCUUGACAAUAAAUUGCAAUUAUAAAAUUUGUGCCUUCCACCUGUUAUUCUUAAUAUGGACUUAUUACU